AUGAAUAUUUUAUCUGAACAUGGAUUUCGUCAAGAUGGACGAAGGCCGAAUCAAAUUCGUAAUAUAAAUUGUAAAUUAGGCGUUUAUUCACAAGCUGAUGGUUCAGCGUACUUGGAACAAGGCAAUACAAAAGUUUUGUGUGCAGUAUAUGGGCCGCAUGAUUCACGACAGCGUAGCCGUAUACACGAAGAUCGUUGCAUAAUUAAUUGUCAAUAUAGUAUGGCUACGUUUUCUACCGUUGAACGAAGGGAACGACCGCGUGGUGAUCGUCGAGCUGUGGAAUUCGCCAGACUUAUGGAAAAAGUUUUUGAAUCGGCUAUUAUUACUACAAUGUAUCCAUGCUCUCAAAUCGAUAUAUUCUGUGAACUUCUUCAGGGCGAUGGUAGUCACUUAGCUACAUGCGUCAAUGCUGCCACUUUAGCUUUAGCAGAUGCUGGAGUGCCAGUCUAUGGAAUAGUGGCAGCUGUUUCGUCUGCAUGUUCAUUAGGUGGUGUUGCAUGUGUCGAUGUCUCAGCUCGAGAAGAAAUGGCCAUCGUUCCUCGAUUAACUGUAGCAACCCUAAUGAAUCAAGAUCAGAUUGUCUUAAUCGAAUUAGAAAAUCGCGUUCAUCAUCAGCACCUUGAAGUUGUUAUGAAAAGUGCCUGUGAAGCAUCUGAAAAAGUACGAUCAUGUUUAAAAACUGCUAUUGGCUCACAUAUUUCUUCCGCUUUGGGUUUGGCAUCUAAUGAUGUGAAUUCAGCCUAA